AUGGAGGCCCGCAUGGAGUGCGCGCUCAAGGAGGACGAUGUCCCCAUAGUUCAGCGGGCCGUUACAGCGCUGGCCCUGGAGGAUCCCACAGAUAUCAUGAUCGAAGAGGUCACUUUAGCACAAGAGACUGGGGGGAUGCAUCCGGACAGCCGCAUGGUCCUGACGAGGGAGUGCGCGGACGACGGCUCGAUCGCGGGCCCGCAGUCCACCGCGACGCAGCCGUGGCUGGCGUCGCUGAACCACUCCGCCGCGUCCGCGUUCCCUCGAGUGCGGCAGAUGCUGCCGCAGGUCCGCAGGACCGACGUCUGCGAGAUGUACGGACCGAACUGCCUGGACACGUGGUGCCGCAUGGGGUUCCGGGUCAUCCAGAGGGUGCGGAAGGAGGGGCAGGAAUUCUUCGUGUGGGGCGCGGACUCGCCCGUGCGGCUGCUCCUGGCGGAGCGAGAGGUGCUGGAGAGUGCAGGGACAGGGGCGGGAUGGGGCUGGCACCUGGAGGCGACGCUGGUCGGGCCCCUGAACGACGCGUCGCUGGAGCGGGCGGAGACGGCGAUGCGCAGCAUCUGUAGCGCGCUCGGUAGCGUCGUCGACCUCAAACAGCCCGCGAAAAUAUGA